CUCUUUAGCCAUUUCAUUCAAUCUCACGCACUGAUUCAUCAAUGCUUUACCGAACUCACCACCACCCUUUUCUGUUCCCUCUUAACCCUUCUUUUACCUCGUCUUCCCUAUCUUCUUCUGCUUCUUCUUCCCCUCAUCCUUUCCCUCUCCCUCUCCCUCUCCCUCCUACUGCUCCUCCUCAUUCCUUUUCUCCCACUUCUUCUCCUCAGGUUGUCGUUGCUCGGGAAGAGGGAAUGGAAGGAGCGUUGAAGAGCAGUUUUAGGCCGGACGUGGCACCGUUAAAAACUAACCCGCACUCCCACCACCUGCACCAGCACCAGCAGCCGGCGUUCUCGGAUGACAUGUUGGCUGUUAAUAAUAACGGUCAAAAUAUGGAAAACGACUUCUUCGUUGACGACCUUCUUGAUUUUUCUAAUGCUCCCGCCGAGGACCCUGAAGAACAUAAACCCCAUGAAAAGUUAGACGAAAAUGAAAGCGCCACCACCUCCAUAACCACCAAGUCUAAUGUUACUUUGUCUCCAAAAGACGAAUUUGGGUCUCUCCCUGACAGCGCACUCGAUGUUCCGGCGGAUGAUUUGGAAAGCCUUGAAUGGCUAUCUCAUUUCGUCGAAGACUCAUUUUCCGAAUACUCCCUCACAUGCCCUGUCUCAAAAUUCCCACCGGCGCCAGCCAAAGCCCGGUCUGAACCGGAAGCACCGGUUGAGACCAAGCCUUCUUUCACCACUCCGGUUCAAACAAAGGCCAGAACCAAGCGCGCCAGGACUGGCGGGAGAGUUUGGUCACUCGUUGGCUCGCCUUCGCUCACCGAGUCAUCCUCGUCUUCGACGUCUUCGUCCUCCACAACGACGUCGUCUUCGUCGCCCCAGCCGUGUAAUCCUUGGCUCGCUUACUCGAGCCCGAGUCAGUGCCAAACUCAGCAGACGGCCGAGUCCUUGGUUGGGAAACUCCCGGUGAAGAAGCAGAAGAAAAAGCCCAUGGGGCUGGACUCCGCCGGCGGAGGGGGAGGAUAUAGCGGUGGUGGUCAGCAGCCGCGGAGGUGCAGCCAUUGCGGUGUUCAGAAGACUCCACAGUGGAGAGCCGGACCGUUGGGGGCAAAAACGCUUUGUAACGCAUGCGGGGUCCGUUAUAAGUCGGGGCGGCUGUUACCCGAAUACCGGCCCGCCUGUAGCCCCACUUUCUCAAGCGAGCUGCACUCCAAUAAUCAUCGGAAAGUUUUGGAAAUGAGGAGGAAGAAAGAGGUGGAAACCGGCCUUACCCCUCCCCCGGUGCAGAGUUUUUGAAGAAUUAGUUAAAAAAAGAAGGAUUUACAAGUAGAAUUCUGAAUCUGCUAAAAAAAAAUCAGAAUAGCAGGAAGCAGUUAGGGGAAGAGUAGUAGUGGUAGCAGAAAAGAAAAUUUUUUAAAAAAAAUUAGGGAGAGAGAGAGAGGAAGAUUGAACCGGGUUUAUUAGUGUACAUUCUUUUUCAUGAUGAACCAUUAUGGCUUUGGUGCGGUAGGUUACUAGGCGGGGUGUAACAGACUAGAGGAGACUUUAAUGUACCUUUCCUUUGAAAA